UCAACCGACUUUUAUUUUGAAGCCCACUGAACGUUACCACACCGGAAGUGACCCUCCUAAGCUUCUCUGCUAAUGCUAAUGGCCCAAGAAACGGUAAAGUAGCACUCCGAAGAUGGCCGGAGUGUUUGAGGUGGAGGUUGACGGUGUGGAGCACGACCAUGGACUGGGGCAUCAGAAUGAAGCAGACCAGUUUGAUGUGUCCAAGCUUUCACCCGAAGAGAAAUGGAGAAUGGAGCAUGCAAGAAUGCACGCCAAACACAAGGGCCACGAGGCCAUGCACGCAGAGAUGGUACUGAUCCUCAUUGUCACCCUGGUUGUCGCCCAGCUCAUCCUCGUUCAGUGGAAACAAAGACAUCCAAAGUCUUACAACCUGGUGACUCUGUUCCAGAUGUGGAUAGUCCCUCUCUACUUUACUACCAAACUUCACUGGUGGAGGUUCCUGACCAUAUGGUUCAUCUUCUCUGUCAUCACGGCGUACAUCUCCUUCCGUGCCACUCGCAAGCCUCUGGCCUGCACCACACCAAGGUUGGUGUACAAGUGGUUCCUCCUUCUGUACAAGAUCAGCUACGCCACAGGAAUUGUUGGCUACAGCGUCGUCAUGUUUACACUUUUUGGUAUUAACCUAAUAUUCAGGAUAAAGCCAGAGGAUGCAAUGGACUUUGGUGUGUCGCUGCUUUUUUACGGGCUGUACUACGGCGUCCUUGGAAGAGAUUUUGCAGAAAUGUGUGCAGACUUUAUGGCCUCCACUGUCGGAUAUUACAGUGCAUCAGGGAUGCCAACCAAACACCUCUCAGACAAUAUCUGUGCUGUGUGUGGCCAGCCCAUUCUCGUAGAUGUCAGUGAGGAAGGGAUUAUCGAGAACACCUACAGAUUAUCCUGCAACCAUGUUUUCCACGAGUUCUGCAUCCGAGGAUGGUGCAUCGUUGGAAAGAAGCAGAUGUGCCCGUACUGCAAAGAGAAGGUGGAUCUGAAGAGGAUGUUCAGCAAUCCCUGGGAAAGGCCGCAUGUCAUGUACGGCCAACUUUUAGACUGGCUGCGAUACUUGGUGGCCUGGCAGCCCGUCAUUAUCGGGUUUGUCCAAGCUAUCAACUACAUCCUCGGGCUGGAGUGACGGACAGACAGACGCCACACGACUAAGAUAUGCACUGGCUCAAAGGACUGUGGGCCUGACGUUUAAACUAAACACCAAUUCAAGUGUCUAUACUUUUUGUACAUAUUUAUAGGCACAUCUGUAUUUUCAGUUUCUUUGGAUUUUAUUAGUAUUCUGAUUCUGGAUGUGCGUGUCAGUGUCCCAGGGUUUCUCCCACACAGUAUCACACCUCAGCGAUUGGAUUUGUGCGUCUUAAGGAAAAGUAAAGCGAUUCUUGAAAUCA